AUGCUUGCCAGCAUGGACCAGAAACCUGAUAAAGCAAAGAAAGUAACCUCCUCAAGCUCCACCACCCGUAAUCCCAAAACCAAAGCACUUCCAAAAUUACAGUCCUAUGCAGACAUUGAUCUCCCUCCUUCAGAUGAUGAAGAAGAUGAUGAUGCAGAGUAUGAAUCCGGAGAAGAAGUUCAAAAAGGAGGACCCAAAAAGCCCAGCAGGAAAGAAAGGGCUAAUGACAGGAAUCUUGAAGUAUCAAUAACCGAGAAAGAUUUAAAGAAACGAGAAAAGAAGGAUAUGAUUCAAGCCCAAGUAAUUGAACAAGCCAAACAAGAAGCUUUAAAAGAUGACCAUGAUGCAUUCACAGUGGUGAUAGGUAGUCGGGCUUCAGUUCUUGAUGGUCAAGAUGAUGCAGAUGCAAAUGUAAAAGACAUAACAGUGGAUAAUUUCUCAGUUUCUGCACGAGGGAAAGAGUUGAUGAAAAAUGCAUCUGUGAAAAUCUCUCAUGGAAAGAGAUACGGGUUAGUUGGACCCAACGGAAAGGGAAAGUCAACCCUCUUAAAGCUUCUAGCUUGGAGAAAGAUUCCUGUUCCCAAGAACAUAGAUGUUCUUUUAGUCGAACAAGAAAUAGUCGGUGAUGACAAAACUGCCCUUCAAGCUGUAGUUGCAGCAAAUGAGGAGCUCGUAAGGCUAAGACAAGAAGUCGCCACAUUGUUGGAAUCACCCGAGGGCGAAAAUGGAAAUGAAGUCGAUGAUGACGCAGGAGAAAAACUUGCUGAAUUAUACGAAAAGUUACAGAUAAUGGGUUCAGAUGCUGCUGAAGCACAAGCUUCCAAGAUUCUUGCUGGAUUAGGGUUCACAAAAGCUAUGCAAAUUCGUGCCACAAGAUCUUUCAGUGGUGGGUGGCGUAUGCGAAUCUCAUUGGCUCGUGCCCUUUUUGUUCAACCUACUUUGUUACUACUUGAUGAACCCACAAAUCAUCUUGACCUGAGAGCUGUUCUUUGGCUGGAAGAAUACUUAUGCAGAUGGAAGAAAACUUUAGUUGUUGUUUCACACGAUAGAGACUUCUUAAACACUGUCUGUAAUGAAAUAAUCCAUCUCCAUGACUUAAAACUCCACAUGUAUCGUGGAAACUUUGAUGAUUUUGAAAGUGGGUAUGAACAACGUCGCAAAGAGAUGAACAAAAAAUUUGAAACUUAUGACAAACAAGUCAAAGCUGCUAAAAGAGCCGGGAACCAAAAGCAACAAGAGAAAGUCAAAGAGAAGGCGAAAUUUGCAGUCAAAGAAGCGAAAAAGAAAUCAAAAGGGAAAGUGGAUGAAGAUGAAGAAAUCCCAGAAGCCCCACAAAAAUGGAGAGAUUACACAGUCGAGUUUCAUUUUCCCGAACCCACCGAGUUAACUCCACCAUUGUUGCAACUAAUUGAUGUUAGUUUUAGUUAUCCGGAAAGAGACGAUUUUCGAUUAUCUGAUGUGGAUGUCGGGAUUGAUAUGGGGACACGUGUCGCGAUCGUGGGGCCCAAUGGUGCUGGAAAGUCAACUUUACUAAACUUACUCGCAGGUGAUUUGAAUCCGACUGAAGGCGAAGUGAGGAGAAGUCAGAAGCUAAGAAUCGGGAGAUACUCACAACAUUUUGUUGACUUGUUGACCAUGGGUGAAACCCCGGUUCAGUAUCUACUCCGGUUACAUCCAGAACAAGAGGGGUUUAGCAAGCAAGAAGCAGUUCGUGCUAAACUUGGUAAAUUCGGGUUGCCAAGUCAUAAUCAUUUGACUCCAAUUGCUAAAUUGUCAGGGGGACAAAAAGCGCGUGUUGUUUUUACAUCGAUUUCAAUGUCAAAACCGCAUAUUUUGUUGCUUGAUGAGCCCACAAAUCAUUUGGAUAUGCAGAGUAUUGAUGCACUUGCGGAUGCACUUGAUGAGUUUAGUGGUGGGGUUGUUCUUGUGAGUCAUGACUCGAGAGGAGCUUCAGAAGGAGAUUAG